CUCUGGCUGUUUACUACUUUUUUCUUAUAGCUGGCGUUACUCGAUACACUUUAGCUAAACAUUUCUCAAGAUUAAUAGCUUAGAAAACUAUAAACUAUAGAAAACUAAUGCGACGAACUGAUAAUGAGAGUUUCAGGGCAUGUCAAUUCACGUUGUCUGCUCAGUUUGCAUUACUAGAUUUGAACAAACCUAUGUCAAGUCUUAGGGAGCUGUUGUAGUUUAUGUUAUUGACAAAAUAUGUGACCAAAGCCAACCAAACAGGCUGGUGCAGGUGAUAAGAAGUUAUUACAACGACGACAUAAAAUCUCAAAAAAAGACUAAGUCGCAGCAGUAACACAAGUCAGUGAGAAAAUGCUCUUAUGUCGGGGAAAAGCAGUGACAGAUUUCUCAGGACCGGACUGUCGGUUCUUGUCAUUCAAGAAAUCAGAAACUGUCUAUGUAUACUACAAAUUGUCAGGCAGAAGGACUGACAUGUGGGCCGGAAGUGUUGGAAGUCAAUUUGGCUAUUUCCCAAAGGACCUUCUUGCAAUCAACCAUGUUUAUACCGACAAAGAACAUGAAGUUCCAGCAGAGGAAACAGAUUUUGUCUGUUUUGACACUGGAUACGAUAGGUUUGACAAUUAUGACGUAGAUUCACUGUUGGGUGCCAUGGCAGAGGAGAAUGACAGUGAAAAUAAUGGAACAUCUGACCAAAUCGAAGAAGCAGAAGGCACUCAAAAUGAAACAAAGCCAUCAGAAGAAGAAGAGGCAACUGACAGUGAAAAACUAAUUGAGCCUUAUGAUGACUCUGAGGAUCUUGACUGGGUCCCAGGCGAUCAAAGUGCCUCUUUGCCUCAACCUGAUUUGGAAGAUGAAUCGCCUUCUACAAAAGAAGUAGAGCCUGAUGCAGCAUCUACACUUGAUGGUACUGAGAGAGCUACAGAAGACAAAGAGAAAAUCAAAGAUACACGCACAAAACAGGAGGUGGAAUCUCUGCCCAAAGAUGAUUUCAUUUCAGAAAACGAACCAGUGUCGAUUUCUGAAGGUGUGCAAAUCCCUGAGUUAAAAACGACCUUCGGAACAACUUUUGAUGCUGUCACCACUGAUGCGGAAACCACCACGAAAAUCACCCCAUAUGAGGAAGAGGAAGAAAGUGAAAAAUUGGAAGAUCAUCCUGAAGAUGACACUGAUCCUAAAACAGAAACUCCAUUGCUGCCUUUCUUUGAACAAGCAGGCGACACUCCAGAAUCCGAUUCCCUUGAAAAUCAGGAAAUUCCUCCCAUGACACAAGACAAUGAACCAAAAACUGAGGAGGAGAAGAACAUGUGGACAACACUUGGAGAUGCAGUUUUUUCAGUCGUGACUGGGGGGGAGAGGACAGCAGAAAGUUUGAGUUCAGAGGAAGACGAAGAUGACGAGGAUGAGGAGGAAGCUGCUUCAAAAACCCCUCUGAGUUUUGAGGAAGCAAAGAAAGAUAUAGAACCACUAACACCAGAGUCACCAAAAGAGCCAGAAAAAAUAGAUCCAGAUUUUGAAGAUUCUCCUAAUUCAAUGUCCGUGCAUACAGAUAGUAAAGAAACACUCAGCGAUUCUGAGAAACUGUUGUUUGAGCAUGAUGAUGAUCAUGAUGAAGUGGCAGUCAAACACGAGGAACCUCAGGAUGAAACAUUGAAACCUACUGAUGAGCCGAUACACAAUCAAACAGAAGCGAGUACAGUUUUAAUUGAUCCAGUAUCACAGGAUGACCCCCAUACUCAAAAAUCAGAUAUUAAAACAACAGAUGAACCCAUUGAGGAUAAAUAUGAAGAGGAGGAAGAAGUGACCGAAGAGGUCAGUGAUGAAAAUGAAAAUAUACAGGACAGUAACAUUACAAUGGGGUAUAGAGAGGAUUUAGACGAGACAUUAGACGAGACAUUAGACGAAAACAAAACAGCAACCGAUCAAGAUUUAGCCAGUACGGAAACUGAAACACGUCAGGAUCUGUCUAUUGAGGAGAGGCACUUAAAGGAUUCAGAUCUUAGAGAUGACGACAAGAAGAAAGCAGAUGACAAACUACUCGAUCAAUAUCGUGACCGUUCCAUUACAGAUUUAGAAAGUAAUAACAGUCAACCAGAAUUAUCUGUCAAACCACAGAUUGAUGAGGAAGUACUUACAGAGGAGAAGGAAGAUGAGAAAUACACCGAGCUAGAUGAGGACAGGUAUGAAGAAAAAGAAGAAUUACUUGAAGAUGAAAAUGCGCUUUCUUUUUCACAAUCGGAUGACACUAAGAAACCCUCACCAGAAACAACUCAGCCCACCAUGUCGACACCAGAGCCGGAAUACAGCGAUAGCAUAAUGAGACUGAUUCUGCUGCGAGACCACUUCACAGAGGAGAAAAUGGAGCGCUUCCAGAAGAUCCUGGGUCUCAAGAAUCUCUUCAAAGUGGAGGCCAUGUUCACCGAGCUGGACGCAGAGUUGCGGGCUACUCGUCUCUCACAACCAGGCACUACGCAAGACAUCGAAAAUGCACUUGAGAGUAUCCUGGAAGCCUCAGAGAAUGCUAUCCUGGACGAGAUUGAGAAGAUGCUGGAUAACCAGGGCGCAAAACACAAUGAUGAGAACCAAAUGAACACAAGUAGUUUGGACGAGGAAACUGAGAUAUUGGACGACUUCCAGGAGCUGGCAUUCAACCUUCGACAGAAGUAUUCAACAGCAAGUGAUAGCACGCCUAUGGCAGUAGAGAAAGCACCAGAUAAAGACCAAGAUGAACAUGAAUUGAAUGUCAAUGAAGACAUGUCCCACACAGUCGAAGAGGAAAAAUCUGUCAUCCCUGAGGCGGAAAGUGAUGACAACCUCACAGUAACAGAUCUUGAGGAAAAGCCAGCAGAGGUUGAAGAGGAGCAGAUCCGUUUGGAUGAAGUGCACACUGGAUCGGAUGUCAGUGUGGAGGAGGAUGGUGGACACUUCAAUAAAAACAAAGACAAUCAGCCAAGCUUCAGUGCCUCAGACGAAAUGCAAAAGGUUCCUCAAGCCACUCUGGAAAAUCCUUUAGACAUGGGCCUUGGUGUCGCAGUGGAGCGCUCACCCUCAGAAUCUUUGGACUCCAUGGAACCAGGUUCUGAAUUUCAUGAAGAAGAAGAAGUGGGAUUAUUCUCAACUGGAAUGGUUUACAUGGGCUGCAUCAUUUCAAUGAUCAAGACUAAGGUUACAGAGUGGACCAUUGUGAUGAUUUCACUACUGCCAGAAGAGUGGAGGCCAGGGGAAACCUUGUUUGGCUGUCCUUGGCAAGCUGUUGUCAUCACUGCUUUGGUUGGAGUAAUGACCUUCACCCUCUUCUUCUGGAGGACUGUGUUAGCAGUAAAGAAGAGAGAAUACCUUGUGGAUGAAAAAAAGCUCAUAGAGCAAAUCCAAGCACUCAAAAAAGAGAAGAAUGAUGCUCUCACCAAAAUGUCUGAACUUGAGAAACAGACUGAAAAACUGAAGGAAAAUCAAAAACAGUCAGCACAAACAGUGAGUUCUACAAAGAAAAAGAUACAAAACCUCGAGAGUAAAGUUUUGGAAGCAGAAACGAGGAAUGAACAGAUGGCUGAAGAAAAGAACACAUACGCAAAACUGCUCAAAGAAGAGCGGGAAAACGCUCAACAAAAUGAAACUCGGAUUGAGAAAUUGGAGAAGUCAAACGAGAAGCUGCAGCUUAGCAGGAAAAAGAUUCAGGAAACACUCUCUAAGACUACUGUUCUCCUGGAUGAGGCCAAGAUUCGUGAAGAUGCACGAAAUGUUCAGCACAAAUGUCUUGAGAAAGAUUACGCAACACUGAAAGAAGAAAAUAAAACACUUAAGUCUACUAUUAAGACCUGGGAAGACAAACACAAGGAGCUCAGUGAACAGAUUAAAGUCUAUCAAAAGUCUCAGAAAGAGCUGGAAGACUCUGUGGUGCUUAAAGAUCACAACGUGGAGGUGCUGUCGGAACUGCUGGCAGACUUAGACGCUUGUGAUUUACAGAAAGGUGACACCAAAGUUAACGGUGAAGUAGCACCUGAUAAGAAGACCGCCAUAAAGAACAGGAUCAAACAGAUGAUGGAUGUUUCCCGGGUCCAGACCACUCUCACCGUAGUUGAAGAAGAGCGAGAUCGCUUCAUGACAAAACUGCUGAAUGAAGAAAAGAGUAGAAAGGCACUAGAAGAACAACACCAGGAGCUGGAACAUGCAAUUGCAACCAUGAAAAGCGAGAAGAGCCAUCUUGAAAACCAGUUCAAGAUCCUCCAGCAGAAAAAUGAAAUCAUGUUUGAAAUGUACCAACAAAAGGAAAAUGCUCUGCAGCAGAGAUUAACGAAGGAGGAGCUGGAGCGUCGGAGCAAAGAGAGCAUGUUGUCGGAGGUGGGAGGAAAAGCCGUUGAGGCCGAGGAGCAGGUGAAAGUCUUGAGGCAACGCAUUAAUGAAAUGGAGGAGCAAAUGAAGAAGACUGAGGAAGUCUACAAGGAACAGAUUAAAGAACAGGAAAACAAAACUCACUCAAACUGGGUGAACGCUCGUAAUGCAGAGCGAGCUCUCAAUCAAGAGAAGCUUGAAACAAUAAAGCUCCGUGAAAAACUGGCUGUUCUAACCUCCCAACUGAAUGAGCGCCGCGCUCCUCUCUUCAGACCGAACUCUGGACAACCUGCGGGUCCUCGCCAAGGUGAUUCAUAUGGGCCCUCUCCUGUGAGUGGGGGAGCCCCAUCCCCUCCAUUAAUGAUAGAGGGUCCCAGGCGCCCACCCUCUGCCCCAGUGGGGCGAAGAAUUGACCCGUAUGGUCCGCGCCCUCCAUCAGACCCACAUGGUCGUUACCCUGACAACAAACACAUCCCUGGGAUGGACAUGAUGGGCCCCCGUAGCUCAUCACCAGCCAACUUGGAUGGAUCUACACAAGCAGUAGAUCCACAGAUUAAAGCAGAGACUCAGGCUGAGGCCUCCACAGAGAGUCAAGAGCCAGCUCCUGGAUCCUUCCUAGUAUCUCCUAUCAGGGACUCACCUGGCCCCGGACCCCAUGAUCCACUCCUCCCUCCCGGACCUCACAGCCGCCUCCCACCAGGCGGACCUUAUAGACCUCCACGACCCGGCCUGUACCAUCUGCCACCUGGACCACCACAUGGUCCAAAUGUACCGCCUCCUCUUCACGGGCCUCCACUACCCACUAACGGACACCCAGGUAUGCCGCUGCCUGAGUUCGGACCUCGCCCCGCCAAUGGACAUGCAUUCCACCCCAGGCCAGGCCCUGGCCAUGUCAUUGAUCCUCGGGGUCCACCGCCGCCACACUUCCGUCCCCCUCCGCCUCAUCACUUUGGGCCGAUGCCGCCUGGUGUUCGUGGGCCUAUGGGACCACGUCCACCCAUCCCUCCUGACAUGCGCUUCCCAGGACCGCGUGACCAUGCCAGCCCACCAAUGGACCUGCCUCCAGGUGUCCCACCCCAUCCUGGGCAUGGUGUUGCUUAUGGUCAGGCUCCACCUGAAGCCCUCCAGAACUCAGCAGGAGCUCACACCGGCCCCGGUCAGGACCUGCCCCUGAAGCAGGAAGCCUCUCAGGACUCAGCGAGGCCAGCGAUGGUCAAGCCUUAAAAAUGCCACCAGCUACGGCAGAGGACUUGAACACCCCCGUACCCAUCACAUUAACCCAGAUCCAGUCCAAACAUACAUCACGAUUAUUUUCAUAUUUCAGUUAUAAAAAUAAAAACUGCAAUGAUGUUUAUUAAAAAAAAAAACAAAAAAAAAACAUGGUCCUUAAAUUUAAAGCAUCAUCAAUAAUUAUGUGUCUGAAAUCAUUAUGGUCAAGAGUUGAGAGGGUUGCCACUUUUUAAACAGCUUAUUGUGCAAUAACAAUUCAUUAUAUGCCAGAGGUUUUUCAUUUGUGUUGAUCUUUUAAAAAAUAUAUAGCAAUGAUUUUUAAGGAGCGAAAUGUUUUUAAUGUCAUUUCCUGUGGAAAUUAUUUUAAACAAGGAGAAAAGGAGGGAGGUUUAGCUUCUAGCAUUUCAGAAAUACCAUAAUUUUCUCAAAGCUGUUGCUUUAGAACCGACUGUAAAGCAAAUGUGUAAUUUGAUGGCCAGAUGUAUAACUUAUUUUACUAUGUUGGUAGAACUUUUAAUAAUAAAGAAUGUAAAAGCUGUCGGUGUUAUGCUAUAAACCGGUUACAGUUCACUUACAGAGGAUCUAUUUUACACACGUCUGUCUAUAUAGUUUUCAACAUGUGGCUUUAGAAAAAAUAAGGCAUACAUCUGAGCUGUUGCUGAGUCAGAAGCUGUAAUUUUAGGAUGGCGAAAUGAAAACAUUCUUACUAACAUCUAGUGGUAUUUAGACAUUCAGAUACCUUUGGUUUUACUUGGCUUGCUUUUGAGACAUCUGAGAUCUCUGCCUCCACCCAAAUAUAGUGAGGUGAAAUUCUAUUUGUGGUGCGUACUGCUUGAAAAAUGCAUAAAAAAAAUGCUGAAUCAGUGCCCCUGUCACUGGAUAAUCCAGAGACCUUACUGUGAGCAGUUUUUCUUGGAAUUACAUUUUAUAAUGGAAAAAACAAUCCAGUAAAGUGCUGCAACUAAGCUUUUUAUUAAUGAUUAAUUAACUGUAUAAUUUGUAAAAUGUCACAAAGCAGUGACAAGUGGCCAUCAAAGGUUCCCGGAGCGUAAGGUGACGUCUUCAAAUUGCUCGUUUCACCCAACCAACAGUACAAAACUCAGAAGAUAUUCAGUUUAUAAUUAUAUAAAACUAAGAAAAGCAGCAAAUUGUCACAUUUGAGACAUUCUUGCUUGAUGAAUGACUUGAACAGUUAAUCAGUUAUGGAUUAAUAAUGCCAGCAGCUCUGUGAGGUGUGGUGCUUUGAGCUAAAUGCUAAUGAAUUAAAUUCUUAACUAAAACACAAAGUGCAGCAGAGUCGGAUGGGAAUGUCAUUUGUUCUGCAGGUAUUUUAGUCUUAAAGUAUUCGACAAAUUUAAUAUUUGACCUGAUGGUGGUGCUAGAAGAGUCAGAAUCACCAAAAUUAUUACAAUUCAUCCUGAGGGAGCAUGGAUGUACAAAUUUCAUGGAAAUCCAUCCGAGGAUAAGAUGAUGUACUUAAUAUUUUCAGUUAUCCAAUGAAAAUAAUGUUAAAAAUACUGGGCAGAUGACAUAAUGUUACCAGUGAUGUAGGAGAAGGGAGGCCAUUGUUCCCUUUGUUUUUGGAGAACAUGAAAAACCUAAUCUCUUUUUUAAGACUCUUCCUAAGUCUUUGAUGGAGCAAUAUAACAAAUACAACAAGUUAGUUAAAGAAGGCUUGGUAUUGGCAGAAACCACACAUGCUGUCUGUUCAGUGUAUGAUGCAUCAGAUGAAGUCAUCCACCAAAUAGCCUCAUUUGUAGUUUAUUAGAAAUUAAAAGCAUUGUAAAUGUUUGAUACAAUUCCCCUCAAUCUGUCAACAAAACUAAAACACUCAACAGUUCUCAGUCCGACCACAUCAUAGCGCUUCAUACAUACACACAGUUACUGUAUAUUCAUCAGUUAGUGUAUCUUACAGUUAAUUUACAGUCCUGAAUAUUGUGACAUUACAAAAAUAAAAUCUAAAAUCAAAUAUUAUAAUGUAGAUGUUUUAGUGAAGAAGAACAUCUGCAGAGUCAGACUGGAAACAUAAUAUAUAAAGUUACAUGCAACCUCAUUUUCAUAAAGCCCUUUAUAACAGGGUGACAUGACAUUUCAAAAUGAGAGUAGUGGGCUUUUCUGAGUAACAUCCGAAGAGAAAAACAAUCCUUGGUCAGUCAGUCCAAGAGCACAAUCCAAAAUAAAAUGCAUCCUCUAGACACAGUCCCAUGUAAGUACUGGUCAAAUAUAAAUGUAGAUAGAAAAAUUAUUAUUUUUGAUCUGCAAAUUAAGACGAGAUUAAAAACCACUUCCUGGCAGGUGAUAAAAAUCUGCAUAAAUCAACAGGAACACUGCAUUUCUGAAAAAAACUGGUGUUAAACAUCUGGGCCAUGACCAAAGGCUCACACUGAAUACAGAAUACACAUCCACAGCAUGCAAACCAUGCUGCAUCCAAUUUACUGCCUAUGCAUUUAUAAAACUUUAUUUACUUCAUUCAGUACACCGUGAAGCAUUAACACUGACAUGUGGGGACUGUCAGGAUUAUGGGGACCUUUCACUGAGACGUGGUCAUGAGCUCAUUAAUUCUAGUCUGAGUAUGAAGAUCUGCCAUUUAAAUCAAAUAUUGCGAGAAAUUAGAAAAGACCAACACAACUUGUAAAAAUUAUUACUCUAAAAAUGUCCACUGAGGCAUCUGGUCAAAGACACUAACUGUAUAUAUAACACAUAAUUGCACCAUGUUACUUUAUGAAUGCCACUGCUGAAUCCAACACUAAACCAUUACGGAGUCUGGAGUGUGUCACCGGAAUAAUUAAGACUUUUUUUUUGGACCUGCUCUUAAAAACAUUGCUCCAUACAAUCAGACUACUUCUUCUAAUUGCUAAAAAGAUAAUCACAGUCUCCUGGCCGAGGCUGCCCUCCAUGGUAACACAAUAGAGGGAGAAAGUUAAGGAUAUUUACUAGAUAGAAAACAUGACUGCAAGAUUACAAUUAAAAACAGAUGUAUUCCUGACUAAAUGGUCCCCAGUUAUCUCAUAUUUUUUCAACUGAUGUGAUCUAAGAGAUAAUGAAACAGUUCCUGUGGAUUUCUUUUCCCAUUUAAAAGUGAACAUGUUUUUUUAUAUAUAUAAUUUAUUUGUUUCUCCAUGCUCAUGGACGAAUGUCAGUAUUGACCCCCCCCCGUUUUUGUUUUUUUUUGGAGAAUGGAAACCAUAUAUGGACAUUGAGAAGAUGCUGAAAUCCAUGGACUGCCCCCUAAGACAUUUAUGCCUGUGUUGUGUCUCUGAACAGGUGACUGUACUGUACGAUUGCACUUGAUAAAAGGAAAUAAAAAGAAGUUUAAAAAAAAAAAA